UACCUUUAGAAAAGGAAGAAUUGAAUCUGGAAGUUUGUUUGGAGCCUUGUCUGAAGGAUUCAGUAUGACAAGAAGACAUCUUUACUGUUACUUUUCCAUCAUAUUCACUGUCUUUUUGCUUGGGGAUUAUUUUUCUCUUGCACAAGAUAUGCUGGAUGUCUGUCCUGAAAGAUCAGGGAAUCUUACAGAAGAAGAAAGUCAGUCUUGCAUAAAAGCAUGCCUUACUGAUAAAGAUUGUACCAGAAGAAGGAAGUGCCUCUGCGAUGGAGCAUGUGGUCUAAGCUGUGUUUCUCAGGGGAGAAGUUGUCCAUGGCCACUGGAAAAAGAAAAUGCACAUGUUCUACCCAUUAAAGGUUCCCAGACUUUUGAUGCUGUGAUUAAAGUAAUCUGCAAGCCAGGAUUUCAGACAGCUAACAAGAAGAAAGAAUUUUUCAGUCGUUGCCAAGGAAACAGAAAAUGGAGUGAAGAGACAACAACUUGUGAAUAUAUAAUAAAGGUUCCAGUUUUCUGCACGCAACCGAACAACAUUGAGCAUCGCUUUCAUAAUGGAUCAGAAUUCAGAGCAGGAGAUUUAAUUCAGUACAACUGCUCUCCUGGAUUUCAGCUUGAAGGAACAGACAUCAAUUACUGCCAAGAAGAUGGAUUGUGGAGAUAUCCAGAACCAACAUGCCAAGCUAUUCCAAAGCCUUCAGUUGUCUGUAUGCAGCCGAACGACAUUGAACAUGGCUUCCACAGUGGAUCAGAAUUCAAAGAAGGAGACACAGUACAAUACAGCUGCUCUCCAGGGUUUCAGCUUGAGGGCACUAACAUCAAUUACUGCCAGGAAGAUGGAAACUGGAAGUACCCAGAACCAACAUGUCAAAAAGUGUUUUGCAAACCACCGAAGGAGAUUAGCAAUGGAUAUCUUGUGGCUGUUCAAAAACCAAAGUAUCAAGCCCUUGAAAUAAUUUACUACCUGUGCAAGAAGGGGUUUUUCCUGGAUGGUGUCAACAAAGUCAUAUGCCAAAUCAAUGGCAGCUGGUCAAACGUUCCUGCUUGCAGAGAUCGUUGCAAGAUCCCAGUGGAAAGAAGUCGGGUAUUGUACAAAGGAAAAAAGCUGUGGGUCAGUGAGAUUCCUGAUGGCCUAGUGCGUCAUGGUGAAGAAGUGUCCUUCUACUGUCGCAGUAAAGAUGAGACAUGCAGCUACACGGAGUUUUCUGUGUGCUUCGAUGGUGUGUUGCCUCCACCUUCCUGUUACAAAGAACCUACGUGGGUGCAGUACAACCUGUUUCCAAACAGACUGGUUUCAGAAAUUACUCCAUGUUGAAUUUUUCUCCAUGACAUUACAGCUUCUUUAAAUCCAUAGCAUGGCAUAUGGACACAUUUCGGUUUAGUUUUUUUUUUGUGCUUAUAAUAUAUUUAUGUUAUUUUGGAUAGCACAUUAUUUUGAUAAAA